AUGGCCCGUUCACUCGCUCUUCUCGCCCUGGCUAGCGGCGCUAUGGCCGCUCAGUCCACCGUCGUCUCUCUCCUGCUGCCCUACGCCGAUGUCCAAAAGAUCGACGCCUCGAUCAUCGGUGCCGAUAGCACGGCCACCACUUAUCUUUUUGGCUGCCCCAAGGGAGAGGACUCCAACGACUGCGGAUUCCCGACCAGCCAGACGGUCACUCAAGGCCCAUCCACCUGGAUCUACACAGAAACCGCCAGUGCAGACCCUGCAGAUGAGACUGGCUUUUCGGGCUCUGAAGUCCAAGGAGGCCAGUGCAAGCUCAACACCAAGGCCGAUGUCGCCGACUGCACCAUGUACAUGACGGCGACUUUCACCGGCGCCGUCACUUCCACCACCUCGGCAACCACCAUGAGUUUCCUGGACCUCCAGACCCCCGUCACCAUCACCGCCGGUCUCGACAAGCUCAAUGCUGCUCCUGGCGCCACGGCCACGGAUGCCUCGACCACUGCUCCCGCCAGCACCGACGCUUCCUCCACCGGAUCCUCCACUGGAUCCUCUGCCGGAUCCUCCACCACCGGAACCGCACAGACUACUCUUGCUAAGCACACUUCAACCGGAACUCAGACUGCUUCCAGCUCUGCCAAGCCCACCAGCACCAACGCUGCGGGCUUUGUGAGCAGCCAGAACGGCCUGCUGGCUGGUGUUGCCGCCAUUGUUGGCGGUGCCAUGAUGCUGUAA